AGGGUAGUUUAUAUUGUUUAGGUCGACUUAAUGAAGCUACCAUGACAUACAAAGCUGAUGGGUAUUUUGGAUAAACUUGCAAGCUGGUUAAACUUAAAGAAGAAAGAAGCUCGCAUCUUAUGCGUGGGACUUGAUAACAGUGGCAAGUCAACCAUCAUCAACCAGUUAAAACCGGUUCGAUCCAGAAACGUUGAAGUCGUUCCAACAGUUGGAUUUUGUGUGGAGCAGUUCAAUGCGGGGGCAUUGUCGUUCACCGUGUUUGAUAUGUCAGGCCAGGGACGCUACAGAAGCUUAUGGGAGCAUUACUAUAACUCUUGUGACGCAAUAAUUUUCGUUGUUGACAGCACAGAUAGAAUUCGAAUGACGGUCGCGAAAGAAGAAUUAAACCAACUGUUACGUCACAAACAGAUCGUCCAAAAACGAAGUCUUCCCUUUCUUUUCUUUUCCAACAAGAGUGAUUUACGUCAAUCAGUAUCAGCUGUUAAAUGCGCGCAACUAAUGGGGCUUGAUGCGGGUGAAUGGGUACGUGGGGGAAGCCCCAUACGUAGGAACAUGGGUAAAUCCCCUACAGGGAGACCGUGGCAUAUUUGUCCAUGCAAUGCUCUAACAGGCGAAGGGUUAAAUGAAGGUCUUGGAUGGCUAAGCGACCAAAUCAUCACCUUAAAAUCAAAAUGAAGCUAUUUGUCGUGUGUAUUCACAAAUUAUCACAGUUUGCUCUUCGUGAGAUGGACAAAAUGGCGGUUGACUUUGCAUCACGACGUGAAAGUUUUCACAGGAUAAAAUUUAUUUUAUAACUCACCUUUUAAACGUUAUCUGCCCAAGUAAUUGCAUAUUUCAGUUUAACAGAGAAUUUUAUAUCUAGUGUGAACAAUUUUUACAGCAUGGACUUAUACUUUUAACUUAUUUUUCACUUAUAAUAUUGCAUCCACCCUUUGUUCAAGCACAAAAUAAAUACAAAACUUAAUUAGGUUUGUCCC